ACUACUACUACAUCCUGAUUUUAUUUCGUAGCUUCAUGCUGGACUGUGCCCCGCUGUCAUCCGAGAUAUCACACACACCCCGCAGGCUGCUGUGCUCCCAACGAUGGCCGACCGCGGCGUUGAUCUGUCGGCUCUGCCUAAAGAGGUCAGGGACCAGCUGGCGGAGUUGGAUCUGGAGCUAUCCGAAGGUGACAUUACACAGAAGGGCUAUGAGAAGAAAAGGACCAAACUCCUGGCUCCCUACAUCAUCCAUACUCCAGUGGAGCCGCCCCGUCAGCCUGACGUGCAGCCUCCCGCUCCCAGUUCCUCCUCCAGCCAUGCCCCACCCCCCUCCAGCUCGUCCCGUUACAGAGAACGUCGCUCCCGCAGAACACAUCGCAGUGGAGGCACCAGGGAUGACCGCUACAGAUCAGAUAUCCAUACUGAAGCAGUACAAGCUGCUCUGGCUAAACAUAAAGAAGAGAAGAUGGCACUACCCAUGCCUACCAAGCGACGCUCCACUUAUGUGCAAUCUCCCAUUGAAACCCGCACACCACCAGACUCCUCAUCAGGUUCUGAAGAUGAGACGUCUGUGCGCAGGCAGUCAUCAGUGGUCGCUCCUCCGCCUAUGGUCAAUCCCAACCUGCAGAGCCCGGACUCUUGGAUCAACCGCACCGUCCAGGGCUCCUCCACCUCCUCCUCGGCCUCCUCAACCCUUUCCCACGGAGAGGCCAAGCCGCAGCCUCAGAGUCAGCCUCAGCCUCACCCUCACCCUCAGCCACAACCCCAGCCCCAGUACAAGCCGCAGUACCAACCGCUGUAUCAGCCUCACUACCAACCACAGCACCAGUCUCAGCAACAGUCACAUGAACAUCCCCACGCUGCAGCUGUGGCGGACAUGCUGGCCCACAGUCGCAUUGCCCCCUCAGAGAAUAGCGCCCCACCUCCAGAUGUGACAGCUGGGGCUCCUCCAUCCAGAGGACCGCGGGUGGAUCUGCCCUCCAAUGCCGUGGUCCGAGGGAUGAGCCGCGGGCAGAGCCGCUCGAGCAUGAUGGAGACCGCGGACGGAGUUCCUGUGAGCAGCAGAGUGUCCACAAAGAUCCAACAGCUGCUCAAUACCCUGAAGAGGCCAAAGAGGCCCCCGCUCAGCGAGUUCUUCACCGACGACUCAGAGGAGAUCGUAGAAGUGCCCCAGCCGGACCCCAACACACCAAAGCCAGAGGGCCGUCAGAUCAUCCCGGUGAAAGGGGAACCUUUGGGAGUGGUCAGUAACUGGCCCCCCGCCCUCCAGGCAGCGUUGGCCCGUUGGGGGGCCACUCAGGGGAAGAGUCCCGCCCUCACUGCUCUUGACAUCACAGGAAAACCCCUCUAUACACUGACUUAUGGGAAGCUGUGGAGUCGCAGCGUGAAGCUGGCAUACACCCUCCUGAACAAGCUGGGCACCAAGAAUGAGCAAAUCCUCAAACCUGGAGACCGGGUGGCGUUGGUGUACCCCAACAGUGACCCUGGGAUGUUCUGGGUGGCCUUCUACGGCUGUCUCCUGGCUGAAGUUAUACCUGUACCUAUUGAAGUACCACUGUCUCGCAAGGAUGCUGGUAUCAGCCAGGUGGGGUUCCUGCUCGGUAGCUGUGGUGUCGGUCUGGCUCUGACCAGUGAGAUCUGUCUGAAGGGUUUACCCAAGACGCCCACCGGGGAAAUACUGCAGUUUAAAGGCUGGCCUCGACUAAAGUGGGUGGUGACAGACUCAAAAUACCUGACCAAGCCUUCCAAAGACUGGCAGCCACACAUCCCCACCGCCAACACUGACCCUGCAUAUAUAGAGUACAAAGCGAGUAAAGAUGGCACAGUGGUGGGUGUGGCUGUGUCUAAAGUUGCCAUGUUGACCCACUGUCAAGCACUGACCCAGGCCUGCAACUACUGUGAGGGGGAAACUUUAGUGAAUGUCCUGGACUUUAAAAAGGAUAUGGGCCUGUGGCAUGGAGUACUCACGGCUGUGAUGAACAGGAUACACACUAUCAGUGUUCCUUAUGCUGUUAUGAAGGCUUGUCCUCUCUCCUGGGUGCAAAGGGUCCACAUCCACAAAGCUCGUGUAGCUUUGGUGAAGUGCCGUGAUCUACACUGGGCCAUGAUGGCCCAUCGGGAGCAGAGAGACACCAGUCUGGCUUCAUUACGUAUGCUGGUUGUUGCUGAUGGUGCUAACCCCUGGUCGGUGUCUUCCUGUGAUGCCUUCCUGAACGUGUUUCAGUCCCACGGGCUGAAGCCUGAGGUUAUCUGUCCCUGUGCCACCUCCCCUGAGGCCAUGACAGUAGCUAUACGCAGACCGGGAGUCCCUGGCGCACCUCUCCCCGCCCGUGCCAUUCUUUCCAUGGGCGGCCUGAGCCACGGUGUCAUCAGGGUCAACACCGAGGACAAGAAUUCCGCCCUGACUGUGCAAGAUGUGGGGCAUGUCAUGCCUGGAGCUCUGAUGUGCAUUGUUAGGCCAGACGGGCCUCCUCAGUUGUGUAAAACAGAUGAGAUAGGAGAGAUAAUAGUAAAUUCCCGUGCUGGAGGCAACAUGUACUACGGGCUGCCUGGAGUCACCAAAAACACCUUUGAGGUAAUACCGGUUAAUGCUAAUGGAGUUCCCAUUGGAGAGAUUCCAUUUGUGCGGUCAGGCCUCUUGGGGUUUGUUGGCCCAGGAAGCCUGAUCUUUGUGGUGGGUAAGAUCGAGGGUCUCCUGAUGGUGAGUGGGCGGAGGCACAACGCUGACGACCUGGUGGCCACUGCUCUUGCUGUUGAGCCGGUCAAGACCGUGUACCGCGGGAGGUGA